AUGUGCAUUUUUUCUCUAAACUCUCUCACAAGUGAACAGUGUCGACGUAAAAAAGUAAAAUGUGACGGUGCUCAAACUAUCUGUGGCAACUGUGCUUCUGCAAAUUUACCUUGUACCUAUAAAGAAUCAACCAAAAAGAGAGGACCACCCAAAGGCUAUAUUGAAGCUAUUGAAGGACGACUACACCGACUAGAAGCA